AUGAACACGUGCAAGUUUUCCUCUGAGAUGGCGGCCGUCACAGCAGCAAUUAUUGGCACUUUGGCCGUACUUGACACUUGGGACUGCUCCGUGUCCCUUGGCCCAGCUUCUACCAUUAUUCAAAUCGUGAAAACCAUCAUCCCCGGCGCCGCACCUCUCACGCCAAAUGGAAUCUUGGCCUUUUGGUCGGGUAGAAUUAACGGUACCAGUGAUCUCGUCCAGACGACCCUCGAAUCCUGGCUGGACAACUCUUGGUGUGGCGCCAAGGAGGGCCAGUGGUGCGUCUGCGCCUCACCUUUUAGAUCCUUUGAAAAACUCAUUGACGACGCUUCUGCUUUCUCGGGCACCCAGAAGGUCAAGAUCGAGUACUAA